CAUUCUCCUUUUUCUAGGGAGUUUUUGCUGGGAUCAGUUUAAGGCCACACAAACAGAUGAGGACAGCUCGAGCGUCUGAAAGGGUGUUGCAGGAGUAACGGGAGUGCUGGCCCCAAUGCCAGUGGUCAUGCAAACACACCACGGGCUGUAUCAUUACAACACUACAGAUCAACCAAGCAAAGGUCUGGCUCCGUCAGUAAAAUCCUCGUUUACUAAGGCGACAUCUGCGACUGUGGCGCCCCCUUGUGGCCAGUAUCAAAACAGCAGACCAAUGUAUAACUCAUCCUACAACCCUGGAGCCUGCAUGGAUCCCUACAUGCGACCUCCUCAAGCUCCCCCUCCCCACAGCAUGCUGGGACACCGCAGCGUACCUCCACCUGAGGGAGGCGGUGGUAUUCCCUACUGUGGCCAAACUAACAUGAUGCCAGCUCAUCAUAACUACCACAACCAGUCAGGACCAGAGCACAUGAGUGCAGGAGAUGGUUCUCGUUUCUCCACCCCUCUUUCCAUACUAAAAUUGAGUAAAAAGCGGGCACUGUCCAUUUCACCUCUGUCUGAUGCAAGUGUGGAUCUGCAGACUGUAAUUCGCACCUCACCCAACUCACUGGUGGCAUUUGUCAACUCACGCUGUGGGCAAAAUGCCGCCAGCUCAUAUGGACACUUAUCUGUGGGGGCUUUAAGUCCUUCAAUGGGUUACUCAAGCUCCACAAACUACCAGUCCAGGCCUCAGGGGAACAUGUAUGGAACACCACUUGGUCACUCGCCCGCUCCAUGCCAUGGCGCCCCAACUCGUCUGCCUCCGCACAACCCUCGUCUUAACCCUAUUCUAAAACAGGGACAUCUGAAGACAGAACCCAUCUUAGGUAGCCUGAUGGAUGGAAUUAACGUGAAGAGUUUAGAAGAGCAUUCGGAUGAUGUGGCCAGUCCAUCCUCCACUGGAACUCAGGAUCCUCUUCUUGGUCUUCUUGAAGGCAGAGAUGAUCUAGAUAAAGAGGAGAAACCAGAACCCGAGGCCAUCUAUGAGACCAACUGCCACUGGGAGAGCUGCAGCAGGGAGUUUGACACCCAGGAACAACUUGUGCAUCACAUCAAUAAUGAGCAUAUUCAUGGUGAGAAGAAAGAGUUUGUGUGCCAUUGGACGGACUGUUCUCGUGAACAGCGCCCUUUUAAAGCUCAGUACAUGUUGGUGGUACACAUGCGGAGACACACUGGGGAGAAACCUCACAAGUGCACCUUUGAGGGUUGUAACAAAGCAUACUCUCGUCUGGAGAACCUGAAGACACACCUACGCUCGCACACUGGUGAGAAACCGUAUGUAUGUGAGCAUGAGGGAUGUAACAAGGCUUUCUCUAAUGCCUCAGACCGUGCAAAACAUCAGAACAGAACACACUCGAAUGAGAAACCCUAUGUGUGCAAGAUCCCUGGAUGUACAAAGCGGUACACAGACCCGAGCUCUCUGCGCAAGCAUGUGAAGACAGUUCAUGGACCUGAAGCUCACAUCACAAAGAAACAUCGUGGAGACACAGGACCUCGACCACCAGGUUCGGCUCUGACCUCUUUAGGUCAAGGUUCAGAGCUGCUGGUCGAGAAAGAGGAAAGGACCAGGGAGGAUUGCAAACUACUUGCUCCGGAGAACACACUGAAGUCACAACCAAGUCCUGGUGGUCAGUCGUCCUGCAGUAGUGAACGCUCUCCGCUAGGUAGCACAAACAACAACGACAGCGGCGUGGAGAUGAACCUGAAUGCAGCAGGUAGCCUGGAGGACUUGACAGCAUUGGAGGAUAAAGGAGGCACCAAUAUGGCUGAACCUAAUGGGGGAGUGGGUUCCGUAGGCAUGGGCAUGUCUGCUCAAGCUCUGAAAAGGCUGGAGGACAUAAAGAUUGAUAAACUUAAACAGAUCCACAAGCAGACCCAACCAAGCCGGGGUGCCGGAAAUAAACUACCAGCACUUUCAGCAUCAGGUGAGAAGAUGGUCAUGUGUGGUCCGUCCCCUUUGCUCUCUAACCGACGUGUGAUGGAGCUGUCUACACCAGAACUGUGUGGAGCAGGCAUGGCCGGAGUUUGCAGAAUGAUUAUGCCUUGUCCACCCAAUGACCGCCGUGGAAGUGGUACCAGUAGUCUAAGCUCUGCCUACACUGUGAGUCGCCGGUCCUCCUUGGUUUCCCCUUACCUGUCCAGUCGACGGUCCAGUGAAGUAUCCCAAGUGGGCAUUGGGGGUCAUUGCCAGUCUGUCAUGGGAAAUGAAAUGGGUGGGGACCCAUUAUCACCAGAGAGCAGCCACAGAACUGGAUCAUAUCAGAAUGCAAGUGGUUUGCCAGGUCUAUCAAGUCUUACCCCUGCAGAGCAAUACAGUCUGAAAGCUAAAUAUGCAGCAGCAACAGGUGGCCCACCACCUACACCUCUACCUAACAUGGAACAGCCUGGUACCCCAGGUAGACGUGGUGGUUUUUUAAAUGAAUAUGGGGCACAGCCCCUGCCACCAUUCCUACAUCAAGCGGGCGCUAGGAGACAUAGUGCCAACACAGAGUACGGAACUGGAAUUAUUUACCCCCACCAAGCACCUGGCAACAACGUAAGACGUGCCAGUGAUCCAGUACGUUCUGCAGGUGACCCACAAGCUCUGCCUAAGGUCCAACGCUUUAAUAGUUUAAGUAACAUGGCACUAAUGGGUCGCCGCAAUGCCAUGCAGCACUGCGGGUCUGAUGCUAACCUUUCCAGGCACAUGUACUCACCACGACCUCCAAGCAUCACCGAGAAUGUAAUGAUGGAGGCCAUGGCUAUGGAGCCUCAGGGAAACACCACAGAUGGCAGGGUGCAGGGCAGUAUGAUACAAGGCGACGACAGGGCUUACAUGAACUACCAGCAUACUCAAACAAGCAAUCAGCUUUCCCCGGGACAUGAAGGCAUGGGGUGCAUGGAUCCAUCCUACCAGUCUCAUAUGCAGGGAAAGUACCACAGCCAGCAUGGGAAUACAGGUGUUGGUAAAACUAUGGGUCAAAAUGACGUGUCAAACACCCUUCUCCAACAGGCUGAAUACAGUAUGAGCACCUGUCAGCUCAGUCCCUCUGGACCACACUACCCUAGCCUGGGGCAGCCUCGUGAGGGACCCGGUCCCUGGGGACAAAAUAACCAGCUCCACAAUUCUCACAAUGUGAGUAUAGAAGGAAAUAUGCAGUACCAGGACACAAGAAUGCAGGCACAGCAGUAUUCUCAAGGUUUAUACGAUCCCAAUGUUAACCAUAACCAUCAAAGGGUGACUAUUAAACCAGAACAGUUUCAUCCAGCAAUGGGAGGUUCCAGUGCCUGCCAAAAUUCCAAGCCUCUUCAACAGCAGCGCCAGCAUAACACUAUGGAAGUAUGUCAGCAGGGAUACACACCACAAACAAAAGAGCAUGCUUUAUUAAAUAAAUCAUCCCACCCUAGCUGUGACUAUGUUCAUGGUCAGAUGAAGACCCAGACUGAUCAUAGUCAACAGCAAAACCAGGCUGGAUCAUUCUCCCAUAGUGGAAGCUUAAGUCUUGGCUGUGCAGGUUCUGUGUUGGCUGAGGAUCAGAGGUCACGGACACCAAUGCUGCAGGUAAAGGAGAUGAUGGUGCGGAACUAUGUGCAGUCACAACAGGCACUUCUUUGGGAGCAACAAGAGCAACAAGCAGCAAACAACAGUCUUCCGAGGAAGACAGACAUGGACAUGGGAGAUCAGACACCAAUGAUGCAGCAUAGCCCUCAAGAUCCACAACUUAAUCAAAGCAUCUACCAGAACAGCUACCAAGGCUACACAAAUCAAAAUGUCAUGAGUCCCUCAGCACAUGGUCGAGUAUCCACUUCAGUGCCUGUAAGAGAACAGAUGGUUGGCAUGCAAGGGUCCUGCUACAACCAUGAUAUGGUGCCACACCCUCCCCAGGGUCAAAAGUCACUGAGUCGGCAAAACAGCCUUUCCCAGCAGGCAAAUGGGGCAUACCUAGGAAGCCCACCUAACCUAAGCCCUAAUAAUUCUAAUGCUAGCCCUAGAAGAGGAGUGCAGUUACCACCUGUUCCCCAACAGACAGAAAGUUUCUACUACUCAGGUCAGAUUCACAUGCACCACAACAUGGAUAAGACUCUGGUACCCCAAGAUGUACCCUGCCAGACACAGCAGCACCUUACAGGGAUAGACUCUUCUACAAAAGCAGCAUAUCCUCAGUCUGAACCUAUGUCCAAUACACUGGACAAUCUGGACUUGGAGAAUGCUCAGAUUGACUUUGCUUCUAUCAUUGAGGAUGCAGAUCCUUCGUCGUAUAGUCCAGUAAACCCACUUCUGGGAAACCAAUCAUCAUCCCAGGCCUCCUCCCGCCUGACCACUCCCCAAAACUCCAUCACACUUCCCUCUAGCCUAUCCAACAUGGCUAUUGGGGAUAUGACAUCCAUGCUUACAUCCCUCGCUGGAGAGAACAAAUAUCUGAACACACUGUCUUAAAGAGGACUUCAAAUAUUACAUAUGUUUUCAAAACAUAGACCUAUAACCAACACUCAGUGAAAUGUUGCUGUGCCUUGCAUUUCAUUUGUUGGGACUGUUAAUAAAAAAAAACUUUGUUUAAAUGUAAAUAUAUGAUACUUUUAAAUUAGAAUUGAGUUUAAACUGAGACAGUGAUAGAAAGAAACUAUCACAUUCUUUAUGAAAUUAUAAGGGAGUAUGAAAAGAUGUAAAGAAAGAGAGUGUUUCCUUUAUUAAGGACUUUUAAAAGCUUCUUACAAGUAUAAUAAAUGGUACAACACAACAGGACUAAAGUGCCUUGCCUAUUGUGGCUGAUGUACAUGUACAAUAGAGUUGACAGACAGGUGGAUUGAGAAGGUACCGAACUCAUAAUGACCAACAGUGAUUAUGCCUAUUUGCAGUGCAGUAUUUAAAGCCUUAACAGUAAUUAUUCUUGGUGUUGAAAUUGAAUGUGGUGAAACACGAGAAUGGAUCUAGCGAAAACCAUUCAACCUUCACUCUUUAUGAUUUCUGUACACAUUUGUUUUCAGAAAGAUAGACUUAGUCUAAUGGCACAGAUUUUUUUGGUUUACUUAAAUAUUUCUCCUAUGUCAAGGUCUGGGUACACUCAGCUGAUUUUAGUCUGACUACACAAUUAAGGAUUAUAUUUGAAUAUCAUUUACAUUUAAAUAUCACAGCUAAAAGGUUUUAAUACCAGGCUCACGUUUGAUGAGCACCCAUUGCCGUCUCUCUGAAGUGUUAUUUUAUUGUGUCAAGUUUAUCAUUAUGAGGUAAAUUAGUCAGCUAACAGACCUUUGCAGCUUUGUAGUAUUUCCAGGCCCAAACUGCAACACAUCAUACAAACUAGCCUAUUAAUAUUGCACUGACAACAGCACUGAGCUGAAGAACAGUUAUGAAUUGAACAGAAUUUUUUGUAAUGAUACUUGUAGUACAAUAUAUGUAUGGUACUGCGUUUAGGCAGUAUUUAUUUGACAAGCUAUAGAACAGAAUGUUCUUUGUUUUAGCACAACGAUGAGCUGCCUUACCAACGUGUUACAAACUCUUUUAGUUCAAGUAUUAAAAUUCAACACAUCCAACUGCUUCACUACAGCUGUCAAUGACAUACCAAAGAUGAUUAGCACUGGGAAGAGUGUGUGUGCACCCUUAAAUGUCACCAUUAAGGCAGUUAUAUGUCAAUGCCUACUUAGUGCUGCAUUGGAGAAUGUAUUUUUUUACAUUCUUUUUAAAAACGUUUUUGUGGAUUUUGCGUUUUAAGUGUGUGUUCUUCUAGCAUCUGUCACAAUUAUUUUUUUGCUGGCGAAAGAUCAUUAAUGUAGCAAUGCAAUGGCAUGAUAUUAGCAGUUAUUACAACUAUUUACCGGAAAUCAAAUGAUAUAUUUUUUGCAUACCAUUUUCUACAUUUUUAUACAAAGGU